CGGGGCAGCGCAAGCGGGAGCGGCGCGGGCGGAGCGGCCGCCAUGAGCUUCCUCAGCCUGCAGCGGGCGGCGCCGCCGCGGCGCGUCUCGGCCCGGCGGGCGGCGGCCCCGAUCCGGCAGAAGCUGCUGUUCCUGAGCGGCCACAGCGACUGCGAGGAGGAGGAGGAAGAGGAGGAGGAGGAAGGCUGCGGCAGCAGCAGCGCCAACAGCACCGGCGAGGACUCGGCGUUCCAGGAGGCGGACUCGCCGCUCUCCGCCGCGCGCACCCCGGCGCGGAGCGACCCGCCCCUGCUGGAGGAGGAGGAGGAGAUGGAGCCGGCGGCGGCGCCGCUGCCGGACGAGGGGGACUCGUGGGAAGAGGAGGGCUUCGGCUCCUCGCCGGUCAAGUCGCCCGGAGCCUACUUCCUGCUCGACUCGCCCUCGCCGCUGGCCCCGCACAAGGGCCGGCGCUGCUGCGAGCGCUCCCCGCCGCACCGGGCGGCCGGCGGGUACCGGGGGGCGCGGGGCGAGGAGCCCGGCUCGCCGCUGCCCGACUACCCGGGCACGCCGCCGCACAAGACCCUGCGCAAGCUGCGCCUGUUCGACACGCCGCACACGCCCAAGAGUUUGCUUUCUAAAGCACAAGGUUUAGGCUCCAGCUCAGUCAAACUUCGAGGGGGCUCGUUGUUUAUGAAUGUUGGGAAAUCAGAGAAGCAAGAAGAAAAUUUUAGACAAACACCUCAUGUGAACAUCAAUCCCUUCACUCCCGAUUCCAUGUUCCUUCACAACUCUGAAGGCAAAUGUCGUAGGAGGAAGAGGAUACACUGGAAUGACUCUUGUGGAGAGGACAUGGAACCAAGUGAUGGAGAGCCUGAAGAGGAAACCAUGAGACCUGCUAAGAGGAUAACAAUAACAGAAAGUAACAUGAAGUCCCGGUAUGAAACUGAAUUCCAUGAACUGGAAAAGAUUGGGUCUGGUGAAUUUGGCUCUGUGUUUAAGUGUGUCAAGAGGCUGGAUGGCUGCAUCUAUGCAAUAAAACGAUCCAAGAAACCCCUGGCUGGCUCAGUGGACGAGCAGAAUGCUUUAAGAGAGGUCUAUGCACAUGCAGUUCUGGGACAGCAUUCUCAUGUAGUGAGGUACUACUCUGCAUGGGCAGAGGAUGAUCACAUGCUUAUACAGAAUGAAUAUUGCAAUGGUGGCAGUUUAGCAGAUGCCAUAAGUGAAAAUUACAGGAAUAUGCGUUACUUUACUGAACCAGAACUGAAGGACUUGCUGCUUCAAGUGGCUCGGGGUUUAAAGUACAUUCAUUCAAUGUCCCUGGUACACAUGGAUAUCAAACCUAGUAACAUUUUCAUAUCUAGAACAUCAGUCCCAAGUAUAACUCUAGAGGAAGGUGAUGAUGAUGACUGGUCAUCUGAUAGAGUCAUAUUUAAAAUAGGUGACCUAGGCCAUGUAACUCGAGUUUCUAGUCCUCAAGUGGAAGAAGGUGACAGCCGUUUCCUUGCAAAUGAAGUCCUACAAGAGAACUACACUCACUUGCCAAAAGCGGAUAUUUUUGCUCUCGCUCUGACUGUUGUCUGUGCUGCUGGCGCUGAACCACUUCCAACUAAUGGGGACCAGUGGCAUGAAAUUCGGCAAGGAAAACUGCCCAGACUACCACAAGUGCUUUCUCAAGAAUUACUAGACUUACUAAAAGUUAUGAUUAAUCCUGAUCCUGAGAAAAGGCCUUCAGCUGUGGCACUAGUGAAGCAUUCAGUGCUUCUCUCUGCUGCAAAAAAGAGCGCCGAGCAGCUCCGGAUAGAGCUAAAUGCUGAAAAAUUCAAGAACUCACUCUUGCAAAAAGAGCUGAAGAAGGCGCAGAUGGCGAAGGCCGCGGCCGAGGAGCGCGCGCUGUUCACGGACAGAAUGACCACGCGGUCCACGACGCAGAGCCGCCCGUCGCGGCUCAUCGGGAAGAAAAUGAACCGCUCCCUGAGCCUCACCAUCUACUGAGCACAGAGGCCAGGGCAGCUGCAGACAGCCACAGCUCCUCUGCCCGACCGAAACCUAAGGAACUGAAGGAAGCCUUCAGUUCCUGGUUUCUUGUCCUGUAGUCGGUAUCACCAGUUUUACAGCUAUUGCUUCUGGUUUUUACUUGUACUCUGUGGCUGAUUCUCUGUUAACCAUUUGGGUUGAUGGACUCAGUUACUCUCCUGUCUGUAGAGGAUCCUGGAUGUUACUCCAUAAGCCUUUCGGUUACACUGUUAGAUGUUAUGCUGUCCCAGGGUUAACCACUAUAGUGGUGUGCUGCUUUGUAGUGUUACAGCAUUGUAAUAAGAAGCAAUAUCCCUGAUCUUUUAAGAAGGAGGGAAGGGGCCUUACUUUGAUAGUUAAUUUUUUUUUUUGGAGCAGAGGGGGAAUAAAUUUUAAAAGACAGGCUUUAAGGCCACCUACAGUCAAUGUACCUGAUGUCAGGUAGACUUUUGUUGUGAAUUUUAUUUGUAUAUUCAACUGGGAGCACUUUGUAGGCAUUGCAUAAACCACAGCUUAGGAACCUGUGGAAUUAAGUGCCAUGUGGAACUGCUGCUAUUUUUAGUUCAAUGUCCUUGCUGUAAACUGUAGCAUUAAAACAAUCAUUAUUGUGUUAAUAGGCUUCUUGUUAAAGCAACUAAGUGAAACAAAUGUAAGCUGCAUUUUAGUGAAGGCAGCAUUUUUCUCUCAAAGCUAGUGCAUUGUGAAAAAAUGCACCAAUUUAAUAUUUGGAUUCUUUAUUAGUGUAGUGCAAAUGUUAAUGUCUUUGCUAUUGAUGUUUUGUUCUACUUUCUAAUAAGGUUCUCUGAAUGUUCAUAUUUUCUUCAGUUGCCCAUUCUUGAGGCUAUUGUAUGUUUGGUUUUUUUAUGUUGGAAUACUUGUAAAUAGUUGUUUAGUGUGUUCAGGUUGUUUUUCAUUGUUUAUGUACAUAAGUUUGAUCAUGCUUAUAGUGUACUAUACAGAAACUGCAGUCUGGGAUGCCAGCAGAUAUUGAACCUAGGCUGACAGAAGAACUGUUCUGAUUACUGGCUUGUCUCUUCAUUCAUUUUACUUAAAACAAUGUUUCCCUUUUGUGCUCUAUUUGUUCUUACUAGUGUUGAAUUUGAAUAUUAAAGUUAAAAGUUCUGUUUGUUUAA